AUGACGCCGUCCGCCAAGCCGGUCGGCGUCGACCGCGGCGGACGCAGGGAGGACGCCAACGCGCUGGCGAGAGCGCUGUUUCUCUGGGUCACGCCUUUUUUGCGUCGCGGCGUCGACGCGAACGCGGGCCGACGGCCGGCGAUGGAGAUGGGUGAUCUGCUGCGACCGCCCGAGGCGUACGUGGCGCGAUAUAACUCGGAGUUGUUCGAGCGGGAGAUGUUGGAGCGGUUGCGGCGGGUCGAGGCGGAGGCGGCGGCGGAAGAGACGGAAGGCGCGAACGCGGAGAGCGAGAAAAAGCGAGCAAAGCGGUUUCGAUUGCCGGCGCUUGUGUCGCCACUGUGGCGAACUUUCGGCGGCGUGGUGCUCACUGGAUCGUUCUUUAAGCUGUGCAACGACGUCAUUCAGUUUCUCCCGCCGUUGGUCCUGAGCGGAUUUCUUCGGUACAUCGCGCGAAAGCAAAAUUUCAUGGAGGAAGCGUUCGGGUCGUCGCUGAGUGAGACUUCGAUCGGGAUUUUGUAUUGUGCGCUCAUGUUCGCGCUGGCGGUGCUUCGAACUGUGUGCGAGCAGACGUACUUUUACUACGCCCAGGCGAGCGGAAUCUGUAUCAAGGGCGCGCUCUCCACGGCUGUGUACAGGAAGACGAUGCGUCUUUCGAGCGCAGGGAGGAGCGGGAGCACGACCGGGGAGGUGUUAAAUCACAUGCAGCUUGAUGCGCAGCGUGUGGGGGAUCUCAUGCUGUUUGUCAACGUCCUUUGGAGCGGGCUAUUGCAAAUCAUCGGCUACAUGGCUUUGUUGUACAUGUACAUCGGAUGGAGCGUGUUCGGUGGAUUCGCAAUCAUGGUUGGCCUGAUUCCGCUACAGAAGAAGUUCUACGACCUCACUUUUCGAUAUAGAAAGGCGCAAACCACGGAGACCGAUCGUCGAGUGAAGUUUGAGAACGAGGGGUUGAGUGGAAUCAAGAUUCUCAAACUCAACGCCUGGGAACAAUCGCUCCAAGCGGAGGUCUCCGCCGUGCGAAAACGAGAGAUGGUUGAGGCUACAAAAGUCGCCAAUGUCGGCGCCGCGAACACGGCAAUUAUGAUGGCCGGUCCGACUAUUGUUUCCGUUGUCGUCUUCGCGCUCUAUGCCGGCGUGAUGAACCGCCCCAUGACGGCAGACGUCAUCUUUCCAGCGCUCACUUUGUUUUCUUUGCUUAGAUUUCCAGUCAUGUUUUACCCUCGAUGUCUCGCUCUGUGUGCGGACGCCUUCGUGUCCUUGGAUAGAUUACUGAAGUAUUUCAUGCUCUCCGAGUCGUCAUCGACGACGAAAACCGUCGAAUUCGAGCGUAUAGAAGAUAUCGAUCAAGCAGUGACAACGAAGAAGACUGGCUCGAAGGGUGAUGUGCUCGCUCGCAUAACAAAUGGCAACUUUUCAUGGGCAGAGCCGAGAACGGUCGCCACGAAGAAACAAGAGGCGAAGGCGAAAGAAAACGAAAUCGAAGAUAAGGACGAAGAGUCGAAGAUUGACCCAACUUUACCCUUUUUACGCGAUAUUAACUUGGAGCUCAGGCGAGGCGAGCUGACUGUCGUCGUAGGCGCCGUAGGCGCUGGCAAGACGGCGCUCAUCUCUGCGUUGCUGGGUGAAAUGAGCGCUAACGAAGGAACCGAAGUGAUCAUUGAUGCCACCGUCUCUUAUGUAGCACAGACUGCUUGGGUUCAAUCGAUGUCUCUCCGCGAAAACGUGCUAUUUGGUAAGGCGUACGAUGAGAACAAGUAUCAUCAAGCGCUUGAAGCGGCAUGCAUGGAAACAGAUAUUGAUCUACUGCCGAAUGGUGACAACACGGAGAUUGGUGAGAAAGGUAUCACUUUGAGUGGUGGUCAAAAGCAGCGCACAGCGAUUGCUCGCGCGGUUUACGCCGACGCUGAUCUCGCGAUUUUGGAUGACCCGCUGUCAGCCCUUGAUGCGCAUGUUUCCAAGGAUGUUUUUAAGCGAUGCAUACGCGGCGUCCUUCGUCGCAACUCCGUCUUGCUCGUUACCCACGCGCUUCAAUUCACGGAGUUUGCGGAUAACAUUCUAGUCAUGAAGGACGGGCGAGUAGUCGCGUCCGGCACGUACAGCGAUCUCAUGGAACGUGACUCGUCGUUUCAGUCGAUGAUGCGAUCGUAUCGCGGUCAUCAUGACGAACAGACACCGAAGGAAGAAGAGAUGGUGGAUACGGCAGUGAGUGACGGCAUGAAGAAGACAAUGUCCAGUAUGAGGGAAAAGGCAAAGCAGAACAUCGAAAGACGUGAGGAGGGAUCGGUUAAAAUGAACGUGUACAAGGCUUACAUCAAGGCGAUGGGAGGUGGUGUUUGGACAUUCAGUCUCCUCAUGUUCAUCACGGUUGCCGAGCGAGCGCUGAGUGUUUUCACGAACGUUUGGUUAGCGUAUUGGUCGCAAUCGAAGUGGAAUCUCGGAGAGACGGUGUAUCUAACCGGAUACAGCGCAAUAGGCAUCAUCUCGGCAAUCGUAGCUUGGGGCCGCACCUUUGCGUGGAUAGUGGCAUCACUCACGGCGGCUACAAACCUGCACCUGAAGCUUCUCGACGCGGUCAUGAACACGAGGAUGGGCUUCUUUGAUACCACACCGCUCGGUCGAAUCAUUCAGAGAUUCAGCAAAGAUACGAACGCACUGGACAACAUUUUAGGGCAAUCGGUCUCGAGCGUCAUGUCAUUUAGUUUGCUCCUCUUCGGCACCAUCGUUGUGAUGGGCUGGGUCAUGCCGAUUUUGAUGCCGUUCUUGAUCCCAAUUUUCGGUGUCUAUUUUUACAUUCAGAAGUAUUAUCGCCCUGGCUAUCGUGAAGCCAAACGUUUAGACGCGAUCAGUGGAUCUCCCGUUUUCGCGCACUUUGGAGAGACGCUCGGAGGCUUGAGCACGAUUCGAGCCUUUGGUCAUCAGAGGCGAUUCAUCACCGAAAACGAGAGGCGCAUCGGUACCAACCAGAUUGCCGACUACACACAAAAGUGCGGAUGUGAGCGCUGGCUUCCUAUUCGUCUAGAGACGAUCGGAAACUCGAUGACUCUCGUCGUCGCUGGGAUUGGGGUGUACCAACGCAAAACGCUCGACGCGGCGCUCAUCGGCUUGGCGCUCACUUACGCCAUCGAUAUCACGGGUGUUCUCUCGUGGGUGAUUCGCAUUGUCUCAGAACUUGAGUCACAAAUGGUGAGCGUCGAGCGCGUCGACGAGUACACUAAGCUUCCGUCCGAGGAGAGUACUGGGGCGAUGGCUCAGCAUGGAGUCAUCGAGGAACCGCCCAAGGAAUGGCCCGCGCACGGUGCGCUCAGAUUUGAAAAGUUGGAGAUGCGCUACAGACCUGAGCUUCCGCUAGUUCUUAAGGGCGUAUCCUUCGCGGUUAACCCUGGACAUAAAGUGGGUAUCUGCGGUAGAACUGGUAGCGGUAAGAGUUCUUUGCUCGUAGCCUUGUGGCGCUUGUGCGAACCAUCUGGUGGAUCAAUCUGGCUUGACGGCGUCGACAUCUCCACAAUCUCUCUCCAAAGACUUCGUUCUUCAGUGACGUGCAUCCCACAAGAUCCCGUGCUGUUCAGUGGAACGAUUCGUUACAACCUUGAUCCCUUUGAUCAGUACACGGAUGAUAAGUUGUGGUACGCGCUGGAGCACGCGCAGUGCAAGGAUUUCAUCAGUGCUCAGGGACUUGGUCUCGAUGCUCCUGUGGAAGAAUUCGGUGGAAACUACUCAGCUGGCCAGAGGCAAAUGUUGUGCCUCGCCCGAGCACUCCUUCGCGACUCCAAAGUCGUGUGUCUCGACGAGGCCACGGCGAGUGUGGACACGGAGACGGAUGCCGCCAUGCAAAAGGUCAUCGGCGAGGAGUUCCAAUCUUGCACCAUUCUCACCAUCGCUCAUCGCAUUAUCACCAUUAUCGAAAACGAUCAAGUCGUGUGCCUUGAAGCGGGCAAUAUCGUCGCCAUGGACUCACCAUCGGCCAUGCUCGCCGACUCUAACUCCAUCUUCGCCCAACUCGUUGCCGAAACCGGCUCGGCAUCCGCGAAAAAUCUCAAGGACCUCGCGGACGCCGCCGAGGCGGCCAGGCAGCGAAACUUACGAGACAUAUCUCGCACGCAUCUAGAUUCGCACAUUUGUUAG